ACGACACAAGACCGGGUUGCCUUGCGUCAUCACAUCGUGAACAGCGCUCAAACGGAGAGAACGUGGGAUGAUAGUGUGCAGUGCUUAAUUAGAAACAAUCUAUAUUUUUUUCAAAUGUUUCUAAUAUCGAAAUUAUAAAGUACAAAGUUUUAGGAUAGGUUCCUCGUAAAGGCGUCGCCAUCAUGGCGUCGGACGAACAAUUCUCAUUAUGUUGGAACAAUUUCCACGCGAAUAUGUCAGCAGGUUUUCAUGGCCUGCUGUCGCGUGGAGACUUAGUAGAUGUAACGUUGGCUGCCGAGGGCAGAUUAUUACAGGCACACAAAUUAGUUUUAUCAGUAUGUUCUCCUUAUUUUCAAGAAAUGUUCAAAAUGAACCCAACUCAACAUCCCAUAGUAUUUUUAAAAGAUGUUAGUCAUUCUGCGUUAAGAGACUUAUUACAGUUUAUGUAUCAAGGUGAAGUUAAUGUUAAGCAAGAAGAAUUAGCGUCGUUUAUUAGUACAGCGGAACAACUUCAAGUAAAAGGUUUAACCGGAAAUCAAAAUGAAGACAGUUCCACGCCAUCCAAACCAAAGCCGACUUCGAGGCCAGGCCCGAGGUCGUCACAACAAAGGCAAUCUGUUAUGAAGUUAGAGACUGAUUUAGAUUCUAAGCCCUCCUCAACUCCAGUAGCAAUUAAGCGACCAAAUAGACCAUCAAUAGCAUCAAAUAACUCAUCAUCUUCACAAAGUGGGCCCGCGAAACGGAAAUGUGUAGAUCCUUUAGAAGCCGGACCAUCUGGAUCGGCGAAAGAGGAAUUUGUAACGAUACCAGACGAGGACGAAAACAAUGCCGUGGCACCGAAAAUGGAACCUGAAUUUGUUAAUGAAAGUAUGUGGGAUGAUGACGAAGAUGGCGCUAACAAUGAUGAAACUAAUUUUGGCGAAGAUGACUCUAAUAUGGAAAUGACUGGUUUUGACGGUUCGGCGACUGGCGAUGGUAAUAUGAGUGGGGGAGGCGAAGGUGGAGCUGUAGGCGACGCACAAGACGUGCAGUUUAUCCCGACGGAGAAAGGGAAGUACAUAUUGGUGCUACAAGGAUAUACAUAUUCGCAAGUGGGCGGGAGGUUCUUCUACUGUUCGUCCAAACACAUGGGGUGCAAGGCCAGGGUUCGGAUGAUAUCCGGGAAACUGGUUGCCUCAGGAGAAAAGCAUAACCACGCGCCUCCGUCUCACGCAAGAUGUGGCAACGGCGCGUUCGUCCAGCUAAGGCCUCGGAGUAAUGUGCUGUCUUCCCCCAGCAUCCUCCCCUCCCCGAGGACGUCACCGGCCGCGGCGGCUCUAGCAUUCCACGCCCUCAAUUUCCCCAGGUUGCUCCCUAAAACGGACCUAUGGCUUCGUUCCCCCAACCCCGAUGUCAAUAAAGAUCUGAAAUAGUAUCAACAAUUUAAAACAAAAAUAUUUGAAAUCUUUAUUAGAAAUUUUUGGCGCGACUUUAUUAAUUCAAUCGAUCUAAUAGAAAUGUGGUUUGAAUCUGUGAAAUAUUUCCUAAAAUACGUAACUAUAGUUAAGGAAUGUUAUUGCAUAUAUUUAUUAAUGUUAAGAGCAGCUAGAGAGAUGACUUUACUGUCGAGUUGUAAGAUAUUGGUUAUUAUUUGUAGACUACUUACGUUAAGAGUUUAGAAUAAUUGUUGAUCUGGAAUCUUUAUACUACGUCUAGCUUUCGUGAGGUUUAUGAGCUUAGUUUCUGAUUUGUCAAUACGUAAAAUUUUACAUGUUUCGUGUCAAAGUAAAAGAAAUUCUUACAUAUUCAAUUCAGGUACCUACUCAAAACUGAACUCAUAAAAUGUUUAAUCUCUUACUCAUAACCUCGAUGUAGGCGUAACUUGUUGAUCUCUAAAACUGUAUAUUUCAAGAAACUUGUUUAGACUUACGUCGCUUUUAGUAUGCGUUGAACGCGAUACGUAAUUCGGUGAUAUUUUAUGAUUUUGCUGUUAUAAGCCUUAUUAUAUAUUAAUUAUUAUAGGAGGACAUUAUCAAUUUUGCUUGACAUAUAAUAUUUUUUAUGA